AUGAAAGCCGUUAUCUACACCGGUGAUCGCAGAAUCUCCAUCCACGAUCGCCCAAAGCCAGUGAUUUUGCAUCCCACCGACGCCAUUGUCAGGGUCCUUCAUACCACCAUAUGCGGGACAGACUUGCACAUUCUGCAAGGCCAUGUCCCAACAUGUACCCCAGGCCGUAUUCUGGGCCAUGAAGGAGUUGGAAUGAUCGACUCUCUAGGUGCGGAUGUCACGAACUUCACUGUCGGUCAAAUAGUAGUCAUUUCUUGCAUCACCAGCUGCGGUAUCUGUUAUUAUUGCCGCAGGAAAAUGCCAUCUCAAUGUGAAACCGGUGGUUGGAUCCUCGGAAAUAAGAUUGACGGGACCCAGGCCGAGUAUGUACGCAUCCCGCAUGCCACAUUGUCACUGCAUGUGCUGCCAGAGAGCAUCGACCAGAAAGUUGCGGUGACACUGUCUGAUACUGUUCCAACUUCAUAUGAAUGUGGGAUCUUGAAUGGCGACAUCCAGCCGGGCUCUACUGUGGCUAUCAUAGGGACGGGUCCGAUUGGGUUGACGAUUCUCCAAAUGGCGAGGAAGUUGUUCAGUCCCUCAAUGACGGCUGUUAUUGGAAGGACUCAUCCUAGACUUAAGACAGCCAUGUCCAUGGGUGCCGAUCAUACAUUCAGUGUUCUAGAUGGGCAAGAUACUGCGGUUGCAUCUGCUCUAUCGGUAACCCAGGAACGGGGAUUCGAUGUGGUGAUUGAAGCAGUGGGGACACCGGAGUCUUUUGAGAUUGCGCAGGCACUGGUAGGCGCUGGUGGAACCAUCGCCAGUCUUGGUGUCUUCGGCGAGUCAUGCGAGCUGCACUUGGAGAAACUCUGGAAUCGAAAUAUCUGUUUGAGAACCCGACUCAUUGAUGCCGUUAGCACUCCAGACAUACUCAAAAUGGUAAACACCGGUAGCAUCGAUCCGCAUUUCUUAAUCUCACACAACUUUUCGUUUGACGACAUUCAUAACGCUUAUGAAGCAUUCGAGGAACCCUCUAAGCAUGGUACCCUGAAGGUGACAAUAACGAUGCCUGAGAUUGUCAUGAACGGCUCUUCAUAG